AAGGCCUCGGUCGUCAGACACCAAGGACACCAAGGACACCAAGGACAUCGGGAAUGCUGUGCUCGCGCUGGCCUGCUGCGACGUUUGGUGCUGAUGUGGGGUCGUCCAUGUCGGCGCCAGUCCUCCAUCAAGCGCCUGGACUCUGCUCCCAUCUGCCGCACCUUCCUCCAGCCUCGUCGCCCAUCCUCCUCUAUCCUAUCGCACCAUGGCCGCACCCUGCCUCCACUCCGGCCAAGGCUUCUCAAGCCUCCAGGUUGAGGCAAAGUUCACCAUCCUCGUGCUCCUCGUCGAUUUUGUCGGUCCUGUCGAAUGGACCAAGCUGUGCUCGCUAUCGCGGCGAUGCCGACAAUUGCUCUCCAGCCCAUACCACUGGAAAGUCAUCUUCCAGAGCUACUUCCAGCUUCCGCACCGGAGGCUUCCGCAGUCGUGUCGGCACUCUGUCGUCGUUGCUGGGGCAGACUCGUUCCUGCGCCGAUGGAGAGAAUCGCCGUAUCUCAUCGAAGGGUCGCUGUGGGAGUCGCUCUGCCAAACACCGGCUCUCCUGGCGAGGAUGAGGGUGCUCUGCGAACAGCACCAGGUCCAUCUACAAAGUCGCUGGAAGCAUGCUCAUCUCUUUGAAGGCGAAUCGCCCUCCUUUCUGCACGACUGGAUCGUCGAAGGCACCCUCCCGGACUCGAUUGGGCUCCAGCAGCAGAUUCAGUCCUUCCGGAUCGAUGACGACCACAGCUGCUCUGAAUUGCCCGAGACGACCUGCUUCUGGACGACCGAGAGCCUCAGCAUCCAUUCCAAAUCCCUCAGGCGGCUGCCGACGACAUUUGCGCAUCUCUGCAGCCAGCUCAAAGAGCUCGAUAUCCGAUAUGCCCUGGUGACCGAGCUACCUCGCCUCGGCCUUGAACCCGCUUGCAGCGGCACCAUCCACGACCGAUGCACCGGCCUCUCAGCACCAGGGACGGCCGAGAGCCUCGGUGGUGCUGCCUCCUGCCAGUAUCCAAGCGGCAACUCCCAUCCCAACUCAAGCGGGCCUCACGAUGGCGACGGCCCAAGGCCAUGUCGUUUGGAGAAGCUUUCGCUUCGUGAGUGCUGGCUGCUUUCCGCCGUGGAUACGCUCGGGCAAUGCAGUCUGCUCACGAACCUGCUGAUUGAAGGAUGUCCGUCAGUCUCUUCCAUCGGUCCGCUCCGGCAUCUCAAAGCACUUCGCGAGCUGGCCCUGAACAAAUGCGAGCUGAUAACCUCGCUGGAGCCGCUCCGCCACAACAUCCGUCUCCAGACCCUCUUGGUCGGGAACCUCCCCAGGCUGACGACGCUCGAGCCGAUAUCUGGGCUGCCCGAGCUCUGCGCGCUGCAUCUGCUCAAGUGCCCGAUGAUAUCCUCGGUCGAGCCGCUGCGGCAUCUGGACAAUCUCGUCUCGCUCCACAUCGUCGAAUGCAGUCUAGUGGAGGCGCUGGAGCCGCUUGCAGGGUUCGCUCGGCUCGAGACGCUUUCCGUCUGCAGCUCCGCCGCGGUUACUUCCAUCGAGGCCCUCCGGAAUCUGAUCCAGCUCGAGACGCUGCAGCUGGAUGGGUGCAGACAAAUCACCGACAUCGAGCCCCUUGCCAACCUGGGGCAUCUCCGGACGCUGGGACUCAGCGAAUGCCUGCUGGUAUCGGACCUCAAGCCUUUGGAGAGCCUGGGCACUCUCGAGAACCUGCAUCUGAACUUUUGCGAAUCCCUGGUAUCGCUCGAGCCCUUGCGCGGCCUCUCCAACCUCGCGGUGCUGGCCCUGGAGGGAUGCAAGUCGAUUGUGUCCUUUGAGCCGCUGUCGGCGCUUGCGGGGCUGCAAGGGCUCUGGAUGGACAAUUGCCGGCAGUUGACCUCGAUCGAGUUCCUCGAGCCCAUGGAGGAUCUGCGGCAACUGUCGCUCUUUGGAUGCGAGCGGAUCGAGUCGAUCGCGACCCUCAGCAAGCUCGACCAACUCGACGAGCUCGAUCUGACGGAUUGCGCUCGGCUCUCGACACUGGCGCCGCUGGCGGCCUCGUACUCGCUCGUACGGCUCUGUCUGCACGGAUGCAAGUCCAUCGAUACGCUGGGCCCGCUCUUGAACCUGGUGCAGCUGCAAUCCCUCGACAUCAGCGGCUGCGUGGAGCUCACGAGCCUCGAGCCCGUCUCGAAGCUGGGCCGGCUGCAGAUGCUAAACAUGGCCCACUGCAAGGGCAUCGCCUGCAUCGAGCCUCUAUCUGCGCUCGAGCAACUAGAGGUGCUCGUGGCCGACCACUGCCCGCAGAUAUCGUCGAUCGAGCCCCUGGCAUUCUGCAACGAGCUGCAGUCGCUGUCGCUCCAAGGCUGUAGCCGAAUCAGCUGCAUCCAGCCUCUCAAUUUCCUCCCAAACCUCCAAAGCCUGAACAUUAGCGAGUGCCGGCGCAUCACAGCCAUCGACGAACUGUCGCUGCUGCCGGCGCUGGAAGAGCUCAACCUGACAUCCUGCACCAAGCUCGAGUCGAUCGAGCCAGUCGCAGCGUUGCCCGACCUCCGCAAGCUGUAUAUGGGAGGAUGCACGCAGAUCCCUUCGCUCGAGCCUCUCGCUCACCUCGACCGGCUGAAUCGGAUCGACAUCGAGGGCUGCCCACAGCUACAGACAUCCAUGCUCCAUCUGCAGACCAUGUCGAGCCUCGAGUUUGUCGGGCUCUCUGGAGGAUACUCGACGCUCGAGGCGAUUGCGACGAUACCGACGCUGCGGAAGAUUGGGCUAUGCAGCCGCCAUCCGAUUGUCGACCAGGAGGCCCAGCUCGACGCCCUGGCCAGCACCCGACGGCGUCUUGGUCUGGCUGGGGUCAGGAUCGAGUGGCCCAACGAAGCAGGGCCUUGGCUAUGCACCCUGUGCGAUCUGUAGCCUGCCCAGGCAUGUCGAACAAUAGAAAGCGAUGCUUGCCUGUCCAUGAGAACCCGUUUCAUCUCAUGGUAUUCCCAUGGUAUUCUGAUGGUAUUGCGAUGGUAUUGCGAUGAGAUGCCCAUGAGAUUCCCAUGGUCUAAAUCAAAGAAAGCAACCCGCAGAGACACAGACAGGAUCGGCUGCGCAUUCGUUGGCGUUUGUGCGCUUUUUCUGCC